UGCCUUAAUUAAAAAUAAACAUAACCUGUUCUGAAAUAAAAAGCUUUCAGUUUAAGUAAAUGUAUCUUAAUAUCAGAGAGAGGGUUGAGAAACUAGAAAAUUGCUAAUUACUUAUACAAAUGUGAAAAUACCAAAAAGGUAGGAGGCGCUGUCUUAGGAAAGAAUCGAGUGAUAUCUGUAUUCCUUAUCUUUUCUCUCCUUGACUCUGUUUUAUUUGAUUUGGGUAUUUUUCAAAAACUAUAGCUUUUAGACUUAGAAGGAAACUUGGAGGUCGUGUCAGCUGCACAGAACAGAAACCUUUUUGACAGCAUUGAAACAAAUCGUGUUUUGUCCUAGGCUUGGAUUAUAUUUAGUGGAAGAAGGUAUUGCUCCUUGACACAACUGAUUCUUUUGCUAAAAGGCUGUGUGUUUUAAAGCACUAUAUUGGAGAAGAAGUCUCCAGCCUUCUUUCUAGGAUAUGCCUCUCCCGGUAUUGCACCAGUGCCUGUGAUUCUUGACCCCUUAGCAGUCUGCUUUUCCAGCAUGCCACUUUAGUAAGUAGAUUAAAUAAUGGACAUUUGAUAAUCAUUUGUUCAUUUUCUUCUUGCUGCUUCUAACGAAUUUAUCUAGGCUAUUGAGCUAGUGUUGAAUCUUUAUUCUGUUAUGUGUAGUAUUUACACAUUAUCUCUGUUGUUAGGAAAAUUGAAAAUUUUAGCGUUGUUAAGUACCUUUUGUGAGAAGCACUUGGUGAUGGUUCAUAAGACAGUUGCUUCAGUUGCUGCUCCUGGUUGGUUUUGAAUGUUCUAACAGGCUACCAUCUGCUUGGUGAUCAUUCUCUCUUGUCUGUGGGAGAUUUCUUAGACACUUGUAGAGAACCUGAUUCACAUGGUCACCUGAUAUACCAUGUUAGUAAACAAAUCAAAAAAGAAUUCGGGCAUAGCUGUUAAGUGAACGUGAGUUAUCACCAUUUUCUAUAUGCCAGGAAGCGUGGUUCAUGCUCUAGAAUUGUGCUAAGUAUCCAACUCACUUAUUGUUCUCUUUUCAGAAGUGUGGUUUAUAAUUUUGUUACAGGAAUAUCAGAACCUCCAAAUAUGAUGUAAGGGAAAUACUAUAACUCUCAACCUGUGAGAUGUCUGAUACACCAAGCUUGUGUUUUCUAGAAAUCAAACAAUGAAUUCUAGGAACAAUGAGUUAAGAGUAAGGAGGUAUUUAUUGAGAGAGAGAUAUAGCUCCUGAGAGGCAGGAGGGGGCCCAAUUGGGUUGCCCAAGGAUCCGACUGUGUAUAGAUAUUCUGUAGAGCAAAACCCACAUGGGUACAAUGUGGGUUACAGCUAUGCUCACUCAAUAAGAUUGUAAGUGUAGCUGCUUAGGUAAUAUUGAUCCAGUGGGGAAGCAAGGCAUGUAUUGAGUGCACAUGGAAAGAUCCAAGAACUUCUAGGAAAUGAUAAGUCCAGAGGUCUUGGUCACCCACUGGGAUAGCUGAUGUCUGUCUAGGCUUCAUUGGGCCUGGUGUCAGUCCUUCGAGGAAGAAUGCAAGCCUGGUUGUUUCCUCUUUAUCUUGAGGCCUGAUCUCCAACAGAUGUGUCUCUGGCCACAGUUGAGAUGUGUCUCACCUUUGUCCUGGCUCUCUUGAGGGCCCAGCCCUAUCUGACUGCCCGUAAUAUUUCUACCUAGCUUAGCUGUCUCUAAUAAUUUGACAAGGCCUUAUAUUCUGAUUUUGACUUCUGCCCACCUUCAUAAUUCCAGAUAGUAACUCUAAGGCAGCAGUCAACUUCCUUCAGUAACCAGGGAAGUAAUCCAUCUGACCCUGAGGACUACUGACCUGAUCUGAGAUAGGUAUUAGUACACCAUCAGUCUCAGCAAGUGAAGUCAGAUGGAUGUUGGUGAGUACCUUGUGGCAGCAGUUGCUUCAUUUCAUUGGGUCAGAGUGAACUGUAACUUGGAAGCCUUCUUUCGUUUUCCAUACUUUAAAGAUGACUUUCCAUUCUAUUCGGUGACUUCAUAAGUCAGUCCUGCUUCUGGGAUUCAACUCUAUAUUGUGGUUAAGAAAUGUUUCGCAUCAGACAGAGUGAAUCACAAGACAGAUAUAUUUACAUAUUAAAUAAGUAUUUCAUUAGAUUUGAAGAAUGAAGAGGAGUGAUUGCUCUGUUGUGAAUACAGUUAUCCAGUCAUCACCAGCAGUGAAACAGCUCAGACUUGGGUUCUGCCCGUCCCUGGAGCAGACUCACAUGCACACUGUUCUCCAGGACUGGGGGAGUUUGCCUCACCAUGUGGUAUUACGAAUUUUUCAGUAUCUUCCUUUAAUAGAUCGGGCCCGAGCAUCUUCUGUGUGUAGAAGGUGGAAUGAAGUGUUUCAUAUUCCUGACCUCUGGAGAAAGUUUGAAUUUGAACUGAACCAGUCGGCUACUUCAUAUUUUAAGUCUACUCAUCCUGAUCUCAUUCAGCAGAUCAUUAAAAAGCAUGCUGCACAUCUUCAGUAUGUCAGCUUCAAGGUUGAUAGUAGUACUGAAUCAGCAGAAACUGCUUGUGAUAUACUUUCUCAGCUGGUAAAUUGUUCCAUCCAGACUUUGGGACUGAUUUCAACAGCCAAGCCAAGUUUUAUGAAUGUGUCUAAGUCUCAUUUUGUGUCAGCACUUACAGUUGUGUUCAUCAACUCAAAGUCAUUAUCAUCAAUCAAAAUUGAAGACACACCAGUGGAUGACCCUUCACUGAAGAUCCUCGUGGCCAAUAAUAGCGACACUCUAAGACUCCUAAAAAUGAGUAGCUGUCCUCAUGUUUCAUCUGAUGGAAUCCUUUGUGUGGCUGACCACUGUCAAGGCCUUAAAGAGCUGGCCUUGAAUUACUACAUUCUAAGUGAUGAACUCCUCCUAGCACUUUCAAGUGAGACUCAUGUUAAUCUUGAACAUCUUCGAAUUGAUGUUGUAAGCGAAAAUCCUGGACAGAUGGAAUUUCAUUCUAUUAAAAAACGCAGCUGGGAUGCACUGAUUAAACACUCCCCAGGAGUUAAUGUUGUUAUGUACUUCUUUUUAUAUGAGGAAGAAUUUGAGACAUUCUUCAAAGAAGAAACUCCUGUUACUCACCUUUAUUUUGGUCGCUCAGUAAGCAAAGCAGUUCUGAGACGGAUAGGUCAUAACUGCCCACGACUGAUAGAGUUAGUGGUGUGUGCUAAUGGCCUUCAGCCUCUUGACAGUGAACUUAUUUGUAUUGCUGAACACUGUAAGAACUUAACAGCCUUGGGCCUCAGUGAAUGUGAAGUUAGCUGCAGUGCGUUCAUUGAGUUUGUAAGACUCUGUGGAAGAAGGCUAACCCAGCUCUCUAUCAUGGAAGAAGUUCUGGUCCCGGAUGACAGUUAUAACCUAGAAGAAAUUCACACUGAGGUCUCCAAAUACCUGGGAAGGGUGUGGUUCCCCGAGGUGAUGCCUGUCUGGUAACCAGCUGCCAACGAUUCUGAACUACUUUUUUUUUUCCUCCUUAAGAUUAGCUGCUUUCUACCUAUGCAAAUGUAAAUUUUAUGAUACCUUGCUGAAAUAUUUUAGGAUAAAUGUUUUAUUGUUUAUAAAGUGUCUUAAUGCAUGGCUGCAGAAUAUUUUGAAAAAGUGUAAGAAAUUUGAAUAGCCAGAAAUCUAUUAGUGUGGCGCAGACAGUAUGUUAGAUUAGAUGGUUGAUAGACUGAAAACUCCAGAUGGUCUCUCAGCAGAUUCCUCAGCCUUCUGUAAAGGUAUAUUUCGGCUUACUAAAUAAAUGUAUAACUUGGAUCCCUUAA